UGUUCCUCCUGUCUGUCGGUGAGAAUCUAGCUUUACAUAAUGCGAUCGGCUAUUCCGGUCUUUGCACUUUGAAUGCAAUGAAUGCACAUAUGCGUGUGCAAGAUGUUUUCUAAUCCUCGGAGUCAUUCCCCGUCAUGACCUCACCACCGGACCGCCCCUCCAGUUGAAUGGGAUUCCUCGUCGCCUCUCUUUCUGCUCCUUUUGGCACCGACUGUCUGCGCCGCCGCUCCAAGCCGCCGAUUUUAGGAUCCGAGAGCUUUUUGGUUUACUCUUACCAGUUCGUGAAUGGUUUGAUGUGAGAUCCGCCUUUCUGAUCGUCAGAGCAGCGACGACGCCAAAUCCCCGGUAGCCUGCGCGUCAGGGCCUUGGCCAUGGGGGGAUCCAAGAGUAAGCCCAAGGAUGUUGGCCAGCGAACCCGCAGCCUCGAAGGCAACCUCAGCUCUGGUGGAGGCGUUGGCGGCCACCACCUCAUCUCCAAUCAACAGUCCUUAACACCCAAUCGUAGUCCCACUAUGGAGGGAGGUCUGGGUGGCAAUCAGCCUAUGACCAAUAAUGCAGAGAUGUCCCUGUUUGGAGGUGUGGAGAACAAUGCUGUCACCUCUCCCAACAGAAUCACACUAGCAGGAGGCGUGACGACCUUUGUGGCAUUGUAUGACUAUGAGUCUAGAACAGCAUCAGACCUUUCUUUCAGGAAGGGCGAACGCCUCCAGAUAGUCAACAACACAGAAGGCGACUGGUGGCUGGCCCGCUCCCUUACCACUGGAGAGAGCGGUUAUAUCCCCAGCAAUUAUGUGGCUCCAUCUGACUCCAUCCAGGCAGAAGAGUGGUACUUUGGUAAAGUCACUCGCCGCGACUCAGAGAGGCUGCUGCUAAGUUUGGAGAACAGGAGAGGGACUUUCCUGGUGCGAGAGAGUGAGACCACCAAAGGUGCCUACUGUCUGUCUGUAUUGGACUAUGACAACACCAAAGGGCUGAAUGUGAAGCACUACAAGAUCAGGAAGCUGGACAGCGGAGGCUUCUACAUCACAUCACGCACACAGUUCAGCAACCUGCAGCAGCUUGUUAACCACUAUCGCAAGCACUCUGAUGGUCUGUGUCACAGCCUGUCAGACAUCUGUCCUGUGCUGAAGCCUCAGACUCAGGGCUUGUCCAAGGAUGCCUGGGAGAUCCCAAGAGAGUCCCUCCGUCUUGACCUAAAGCUUGGACAGGGCUGCUUUGGAGAAGUCUGGAUGGGAACCUGGAACGGGACAACACGGGUGGCAAUAAAGACUCUGAAAACCGGCACUAUGUCUCCUGAGGCCUUCCUCCAGGAAGCUCAGGUCAUGAAGAAACUGAGACAUGAAAAGCUGGUUCAACUCUAUGCUGUGGUGUCCGAGGAACCGAUCUACAUUGUCACAGAGUACAUGGGACAAGGUAGCUUACUGGAUUUCCUGAAAGGCGACAUGGGUAAGAUGCUCCGCCUCCCCCAACUGGUGGACAUGGCUUCACAGAUUGCUUCAGGGAUGGCUUACGUGGAGAGGAUGAACUAUGUGCACAGAGACCUGAGAGCCGCUAACAUCCUGGUGGGAGAUAAUCUGGUUUGCAAAGUGGCUGAUUUUGGUUUGGCUCGCCUCAUCGAGGACAAUGAAUAUACUGCUAGGCAAGGAGCCAAGUUCCCCAUCAAGUGGACGGCUCCCGAGGCUGCUCUGUACGGCCGCUUCACCAUUAAAUCUGACGUCUGGUCAUUCGGAGUCCUGCUGACUGAAUUGGCCACCAAAGGCCGAGUGCCCUAUCCAGGUAUGGUGAACCGGGAGGUGUUAGACCAGGUGGAGCGUGGCUACAGGAUGCCGUGCCCAGCAGAGUGCCCUGAAUCCCUGCAUGAGCUGAUGCUGACCUGCUGGAGAAAAGAGGCCGAGGAGAGGCCCACCUUCGAGUACCUGCAGGGCUUCCUGGAGGAUUACUUCACCUCCACAGAGCCUCAGUACCAGCCAGGAGAGAACCUGUAACUGGGCUGAAUGUGGAUGUGUGCAUGGGUCCUGCAUGCGCAACACUGAGCAUGUGCAUCUCCUCCCAGAGUGCAUGGACACGUAUGUGUGAGGGUAUGUAUGCACUGUAUAACGGGGCAGAGAGCCCACUGCAUUCUGGGUACUCUGACAUCAAGUAGUUUCAGUGGGACAUGAAACCAAUCAGCAACGUUCAGUUCCUGACUCUUUCCAAAGUCAUUGUCAUGCUCUUCAACGUGUCCGCUGUGAUGGACUGUUUUCAAAGUAAAAGACUAAACUGUGGUAUUUUGAGUUCAUUAUACAGUACUGUGUUAUUCUGUUUGUCAGUCAAAUCAACACCCUACACAUCCAAGGAUGUAUUUUUACCUUCCUUGUGUUUGUAAGGCACCCUAAUAAUAUACAUUCCCCAUGCACUCUUCCUGUGUUAACUCACCUGACUGAUCUUGUAGUUUGCCAGCUUCCACACUGCAUGUGACACCAGACUAUGAGAUAAAAGACUGCGUAUAUGGGUUAAAUAUGGGAGUCCAGAGAAUGAAUGUUGAAUUCAGGCGUUGCCCUGCUAAAAGCCCCUCUUCAGGAUGUCUAUUUUCACAACAUUUUCUUUGGGGUACCAUUUUGAAACACACAUGCUCAGAGUCUGUCUUCCACUUUGCAAAUUGACAAGCAACUAUUUGGAACGUACAAUAAUUUGACAGGACGUUGUGUUGUUUGUUGUUGUUGUUCAACCUGGAUCAACUGGAUUAUAUUCAGGUGAACGAUUUGACUUUAUAAUCAUACUUCCCAUGUUCCAGACUAACACCUUUGAGUCUCAUAAGAGUGUGUAGUCUCACUCGCCAAUUGGACGAAUUGGUGUAUCGCUGUGACCAACAUACAGCUAAACUCAAAGAAGACAACAGGCAGAGUGUAUCUAUUUUCUAAUUGUGACUUUUCUUACACACAAAUGCAAAGGCUACUGAUCACUAAUGGUCGUCUCAGGAUGGAGAAGACAAGAAUUCUGCUGCAAGGAUUUCUGUGCCAUUGAAAAUCUCUUUUGUACUCUCUUCUACUGUGUAAAAGUGUAUUUUACUACUCUACCUUUCUUACAAUGAAGUUUGAGUUGUGUACGCAGUUGUUCUUCUUCAAGGACAAUCCCCUGUUUUGAGAUACUGCACCCGACCGAGUACAGUACCAACGUUCAUGUUUUCAAGAAUUCAGAUUCAAAUUCAAAUCAGGUGACUCAUCUUGUCUCCUUUCCAUUCUGACCUUCAUUAAUAUGAAGAUUUCUAUCUUUAAUCAGCCUCAGUAUUUUCCUAUUUACUGCAUUUUUGUGCACAAUUGUACACUGGAGAUAUUAUGUUUCUGUGAUAGAUGAGCAACAGAGCGAUCGUGUGCUGAGGAUGGUUAUGCCUCUUUCCAGCCUGUAGUGAGCAGACCAGAGAGCCUUCCCAUAUUAACAGCAUGUACAGCAAAUACAUUGGCUUCUUGAGACUUAAUUGUAAAUAUCCAUAAUGCUAAUCAUUUUUGUAUAUAUCAUCUUUAUAAUUUAUUCCUUUUAAAAUAACCCAAUUGUUUAUUUGACUUUUGGCAUCAUCAUUCAAACCUUAAUGUGUAUGGUAAUUUCAUGGGUUAAAUAACAUAACAAUAACGAUAUAAAUAUAUAUUAUAGAAACAAAAAUGUUUUUUUUUUCUCUCUUUGUGCUCGUAUUACUGUAAAACGUAUCUUGGUUGUAUAUUUCCAAUAUGACUGACAGAAUUGGAGAGAACUGCUCCGUAUCCUCUGACUCGCAACAGUUCUGUCUUGCCAGAUACUGAUCAUCUACCAGAAUUACUCCAUCCCAUAAUGCAAUCAAAACCACAAAAGUUUACAUUGUGAUACUCUUCAAUUCAUGUUGGCGCUGCUUUGAGGCUGGUAAAUGAGCAGGUAAUCAAAUGUCAUUCUUGUGAAACAUUUUGGGGGUUUUCUGGGUACACCUGACCAACAACAUUGUGUGUGUGUGUGUGUGCGUGCAUGUGAGUGUGCGUGUGUAUGCACGUGUGUGUGUAUGUGUGUGUGUGUGUGCUGCCAUCCUCUGUGCGCUCACAAUCGUUCAAUGAUUUGAUCAACAUCUCCAUCUUGUUGUUUAUAAAGCGCUACUCAUCAUGAUUAAACUCCAUACAGAAAAGUAUUUGGCUGCCAUGAAAUGAAGAAGUUUAAUAUCUGUAAAGCGUACUAUGUCCUGUGGACAUAUGCCACAAUGAAUGCAUUGACCUGCAUGGGUGUCGUCAGGUGUUCUGGCAUCGUUCCCUUAUUUUCCUGACCUGUCUCACUCAAUGCUUAUGAGCAAAAGUGCACGAAAAAGAUCAUAUUAUUUGUAUGCAGCCUUGCUUACAAGCCAAGGUUAUUGGGUUAUGUGGGUCUUCUCUCUGGCUAUGCAGAUAUUUUUUAAAUCUGUGUUAUUCCUAUAUAUACUCUUUUCUACUGUAUCCAACGGGAAUUUUCAGAUCAAUAACUCUUUGUUAAAUCCUACUGAAUAUUGUUCAAAUUUGAAAGUACAUUUGAAUAAAAUUUGUAUAUUGCCAACUGUA